AUGAGGACCAAUCCUCACACUUGUGACCAUUGCAGCGUCCGUCGCUUCACCGGGAUUCAGGCAUUUGACAAUCGUCAGAGGGUGGCUGCGACUCACUUUGGCUUCUGCCCGAACCUAUUGGAGCACACCGUAUCGGCCGAGAAUCUCAGUUACCGCCUGCAGAGGAAUUCAGGCGGCAAUCUCACCUGGCAUGAUGGGCGAAGCCAGAGGACAGCCGGAGGGAGACCCGUCAAGCUCCUUCAGCAGCCAGGGACCGAGAACUCCCAGAGCCGGACUUAUGAGCACUAUGGAAUCUACCACACCAGUCCUACCUUAGGGAGCCUGACCAAGCCGGUGGUGCUAUGGACCCAGCAGGAUGUGUGCAAGUGGCUGAAGAAGCAUUGCCCGCACAAUUAUCUCAUCUACGUGGAGGCCUUCUCACACCACGCCAUCACAGGCCGUGCUCUCUUGCGGUUGAACGGGGAGAAGCUGCAGCGCAUGGGGAUUAUCCAGGAGUCUCAACGGCAGGAAGUCCUCCAACAGGUGCUGCAGCUUCAGGUCCGGGAGGAAGUCCGCAACUUACAGCUUCUCAGUCAAGAGACCAGCUCUCCUCUGGUUGAGAAAUCCCGACCGGCCAACGCGCCAGCCUCAGGACUAAUCAAGUACAGCCUGGCGACUCCGUCCAAUUGCAACAGGACAUUUUCCCCUUGAGCAAAUGUUGGCUUCUCGCGACCAAACAUUGGGCCAAGCAAACCCAAGUUUUGCAAAAGGGCCCCACGACUCACGGACGUCACUCCGAUCUCUGAGCUGGGCAGAGAAUUGCUUUCCCAGAGCGAUCAAGGAGUGGAUCCCGACGGACAGAGAGACUUGAGACACACACCCCCCCCAAGCGGAGGGGCCCUGAUUUCGAAAACAGUUUUUAACGACGGACGAGUGCCAUCAAAGUGAGCCAGUUCCAGCCCGGAACUCCUUCUCCAGUUGGAGUAAAAUCGCCUCCGAGGUCCGGAGCUGUUUCAAAACGCCCAAGUUUGCAAACGUUGCGAAAAGGUGCUCAUUCUGGACCGCGAUACUCCACCCCUCCUUAUUACGGAGGAUCAUAAGAGUGAU